GUCCUGAACCCGAGGGGCUGAAGUUCAGCCCCACCCCCGCCUCCCCUCCCCGCCUCCCCCUCCAACUCUCAACCCACUUCUCCAGCCAGCGCCCCAGCCCUCCCGCCGCCCGCUCGUAGGUCCCGAGGAGCGCAGGUGAGGCGGCACCCCACUCCCGGCGGCCCCCGGGCCUCCUUCCGCACGCACCCCGAGCUGCCUCCGCACAGUUGGAGGAGCAUAGGAGGGACCCCCACCCAGGGAUGAGACUCCAGGAAGGGGACUGCGGAGGAAGCCAGGUGCGGCCCCGGCUUUUGACCUACCUCCGCACCGCAGCGCGGUCCUUCACGGGGCAGGGGCGGCGUGAACCCGUCGGGCACUGUGUCCCUGACAAUGGGAACAGCCGACAGUGAUGAGAUGGCCCCAGAGGCCCCACAGCACACCCACAUCGAUGUGCACAUCCACCAGGAGUCUGCCCUGGCCAAGCUCCUGCUCACCUGCUGCUCUGUGCUGCGGCCCCGGGCCACCCAGGCCAGGGGCAGCAGCCGGCUGCUGGUGGCCUCGUGGGUGAUACAGAUCGUGCUGGGGAUCUUGAGUGCAGUCCUGGGAGGAUUUUUCUACAUCCGCGACUACACCCUCCUGGUCACCUCGGGAGCUGCCAUCUGGACAGGGGCUGUGGCUGUGCUGGCUGGAGCUGCUGCCUUCAUUUACGAGAAACGGGGUGGUACAUACUGGGCCCUGCUGAGGACUCUGCUAGCGCUGGCAGCUUUCUCCACAGCCAUCGCUGCCCUCAAACUUUGGAAUGAAGAUUUCCGAUAUGGCUACUCUUAUUACAACAGUGCCUGCCACAUCUCCAGCUCGAGCGACUGGAACACCCCAGCCCCCACUCAGAGUCCAGAAGAAGUCAGAAGGCUACACCUAUGUACCUCCUUCAUGGACAUGCUGAAGGCCUUGUUCAGAACCCUUCAGGCCAUGCUCUUGGGUGUCUGGAUUCUGCUGCUUCUGGCAUCUCUGGCCCCUCUGUGGCUGUACUGCUGGAGAAUAUUCCCAACCAAAGGGAAAAGAGACCAGAAGGAAAUGUUGGAAGUGAGUGGAAUCUAGCCAUGCCUCUCCUGAUUAUUAGUGCCUGGUGCUUCUGCACCGGCGUCCCUGAAUCUGACUGCUGGAAGAAGAACCAGACUGAGGAAAAGAGGCUCUUCAACAGCCCCAGUUAUCCUGCCCCCAUGACCAUGGCCACAGCCCUGCUCCAGCAGCACUUGCCCAUUCCUUACACCCCUUCCCCAUCCUGCUCCGCUUCAUGUCCCCUCCUGAGUAGUCAUGUGAUAAUAAACUCUCAUGUUAUUGUUCCCAG